GGGCCCGACGGCUUGGAGGCACUGUUACUGAUUGAACAAGACAAUCAAGGUUCCUUGCCCUUGUGGAGCUUACUGUCUCGUGGGGUGACAUACAACAUAAACAAACAAAUAAGAUAAUUCAUAUGGUGAUUUAUUCUGAGAUCAUAACAGAAGGUAUACUGCCUGGUUUCUUUUCUCCACGGUCAUCUCACAUCUGAAACAUGGCUACGGAUUGGCUGGGCAGUAUUGUGUCUAUCAACUGUGGGGAUAGCUUAGGUGUCUAUCAGGGAAGAGUGUCAGCAGUGGAUCAGGUCAGCCAGACCAUUUCUCUCACCCGACCUUUCCACAAUGGAGUGAAGUGCCUUGUGCCAGAAGUCACCUUCAGGGCAGGUGACAUUAUGGAAUUAAAAAUUCUGGAGAUACCAGGGCCUGGAGAAAACCAACAUUUUGGAGACCUACAUCAGACAGAAUUAGGCCCUUCUGAUGUUGGGUACCAAGUGGGUAUCAAUCAGAAUGGCACAGGCAGGUUGGUCAAGAAGCCAACCUCUUCCAGCAGUGCCCCUCAGAACAUCCCUAAGAGGACAGAUGUGAAGAGCCAGGAUGCUGCCGUUUCCCCCCAGCAGCAGCAGUGCUCCAAGAGCUAUGUGGACAGGCACAUGGAGCCCUUGAGUCAGUCCAAAAGUUUCCGUCGUCGGCACAACUCUUGGUCAUCUAGUAGCAGGCACCCAAAUCAGGCAACUCCAAAGAAAAGUGGUUUAAAGAAUGGCCAAAUGAAGAAUAAAGAUGAUGAGUGCUUCGGGGAUGAUAUUGAAGAGAUCCCAGAUACCGAUUUUGAUUUUGAAGGGAACCUAGCCCUGUUUGACAAGGCAGCUGUGUUUGAGGAGAUUGAUACCUAUGAGAGAAGAAGUGGUACCCGUUCCCGCGGCAUCCCAAAUGAAAGACCUACUCGGUAUCGCCACGAUGAGAACAUCUUGGAGCCAGAGCCUAUAGUCUACCGACGGAUCACAGUGCCCCACAAUGUGAGCAAAGAGUUUUGCACAGACUCUGGCCUGGUUGUUCCAAGUGUUUCCUAUGAGCUACAUAAAAAGCUGUUGUCUGUGGCGGAAAAGCAUGGGUUGACUCUGGAGCGGAGACUGGAGAUGACAGGCGUGUGUGCCAGUCAGAUGGCACUGACUCUACUUGGAGGACCCAACAGGUUGAAUCCCAAAAAUGUUCACCAGAGGCCUACAGUGGCUUUGCUAUGUGGGCCCCAUGUAAAGGGGGCUCAGGGUAUCAGCUGUGGAAGGCACCUAGCCAACCAUGAUGUUCAGGUCAUCCUCUUCCUGCCCAACUUUGUCAAGAUGCUAGAGUCUAUCACCAAUGAGCUGUCUCUCUUCAGCAAGACCCAAGGCCAACAAGUGUCUAGUCUUAAAGAUCUGCCCACUAGUCCUGUGGACCUGGUGAUCAACUGUCUGGAUUGUCCCGAGAAUGCCUUCCUGCGAGAUCAGCCCUGGUACAAGGCAGCUGUGGCUUGGGCCAACCAGAACCGGGCACCAGUACUCAGCAUAGAUCCUCCGGUGCAUGAAGUUGAACAGGGCAUCGAUGCCAAGUGGUCACUGGCUCUGGGCCUGCCGCUGCCACUGGGAGAGCACGCAGGCCGUGUCUAUUUGUGUGACAUUGGCAUUCCCCAGCAGAGGCUGGCUCAGAAGGCCCCUGGAGGAGACUGCAGCUUCUCCACCUGCACAGAUGCAUACCUAAAGGCCUUUCAGUCAAAGGGUAUGUCUCAGGCUCAGCAGAAUGGUUAGCAAUGUGCUGGAGUGAAUGGGGGAGAGCAAGACCACCAGGUGACUUUCCCACCAGGUAUGUGGCUGCCCCAUGCUCCAUUUGAGGGUGGACACUUACAUCUAAGGGCGUGGCAGAGCUG